AACAUUGAAUGGCUUUCAAAUUGUCUCUGGUAGUAUUUUAAGAAUUAUUUUUUGUCUCACGAUGUCUUCUGCCGACGAUCAGACUUUGAAGAGCAACAGCGUCAACAACAACAAUCAUGUCUUUGAGAAGGUCAACAAGACUAAGAUGACUCUGGAGAAUUAUUACACUAAUCUCAUUACCCAGCAUGAAGAAAGAGAAACCAGAAUAAAACAGUUGGAGCGAUCAAUGGAAAGAGAAGGAUUAACAGAUGAACAGAAAUGUGAAAAACGACAGAUGCACGCUCUUAAAGAGACAGAAUUUUUGCGAUUAAAACGAGCAAAACUUGGCGUCAUUGAUUUCGAGCCACUGAAGGUCAUAGGUCGGGGAGCUUUUGGAGAAGUCCGACUAGUUCAGAAACGAGAUACUGGUCACGUGUAUGCCAUGAAGAUUCUAAGGAAGGCUGAUAUGCUAGAGAAGGAUCAGAUAGCACAUGUGCGAGCGGAGAGAGAUGUCCUCGUCGAAGCAGAUCACUUGUGGGUCGUUAAGAUGUUCUAUUCAUUUCAGGACUCCACCAGCCUCUAUCUUAUCAUGGAAUUUCUACCUGGAGGUGACAUGAUGACCAUGCUGAUGAAGAAGGACACAAUGACAGAGGAGCAAACGCAGUUCUACAUAGCAGAAACAGUCCUGGCCAUCAACUCCAUACACCAGCUUGGAUUCAUACACAGAGACAUCAAACCUGAUAACCUACUGCUAGAUGCAAGGGGCCAUAUAAAGCUCUCAGAUUUUGGCCUCUGCACAGGCCUGAAGAAGUCCCACAGGACUGAAUUCUAUAAGGACCUCAAACAGGCCAAGUCAUCUGAUUUUGUUUCCAGUCCAAUGGAUUCGAAGAAGCAGUCAUGGAGAAGCAGAAGGAGAGCGCUGGCAUAUUCGACAGUUGGGACGCCGGAUUACAUAGCACCUGAGGUCUUCCUGCAGACUGGAUACACAAACAGUUGCGAUUGGUGGUCGCUUGGAGUCAUUAUGUUUGAGAUGCUCAUUGGCUAUCCUCCAUUUUGCUCUGAGAGUCCCCAAGAAACGUACAGGAAGGUGAUGAAUUGGAAGCAAACUUUAGUCUUCCCAACCGAAGUUCCUAUCUCUAAUGAGGCUCGAUCACUCGUUCAAAGUUUUUGUUGCGAAAGAGAGAGAAGAAUUGGCGGGAACAAUAACAUCAAAGAAAUUAAAGAACAUCCAUUUUUUGCGGGAGUUGAUUGGGACCAUAUACGUGACAGACCUGCAGUCAUUCCAGUUAACGUUAAAAGCAUCGACGAUACAUCAAACUUUGAUGAAUUUCCUGACGUUGAUCUUAAAUGGCCCUCGCAAUCAGAAUCAUCAGACGAUCCAUCGAAAUGCGAUUGGGUUUUCUUCAACUACACCUACAAGAGAUUUGAAGGCCUGACGCAGAGAGCCAGACUGCCCUUAAACUUCAAGUCAUGAUUAUCCAUUCAUUUAUUCAUUCAUUCAUUCAUUCAUUCAUUCAUUCAUUCAUUCAUUCAUUCAAUCAUUUAUUCAAUCGAUCAUUCAUUUAUUCAUCCAAUCAUUCAUUUAUCCCUUCAGAAUAAAUCAACAUGUCACAUCUGCACUUUCUAUUUUUAUUUCAUUUACAUUCUUUUUCAGCUAAUUGUUGGUUUAUGUUAAUUUUAAAUGUUAAGUUUUUAAGCUCUCUUUCUUCUUUCUUUAUCUCUCUCUCUCU